AUGUUUAGCAUACCACAGUGCAGAACUGUGUUCGGUGAGCCACCUCCCAAAGAACCAUAUGUGUUUCAAGUUGGACCAAACCUCAGUGAUAAAAACAACACCGAGAUUAUACGAAUUUUGCCUGGAGCUGCCUAUAAAGUACGCUAUAUAUUGUAUAACAAUGCAACAAAACUCGCUUACACCCAGUGGUCACAGCCAUUCAAGACACGUGAUCUACCUCAAAGCCCAAGGGAAAUGUAUGUUUCUCUGCAAGGACGCUCGGGAGGAAUGGUAGUCAUCACUGUGAUUCUCAGUAUCUCCAUGUUCAUGCUCUUGGUUGGCCUUGCAGUCACAUUUGCAACACAUAAGUGA